UCAAAUUAUUAUGUUUUAAAAAUGUAAUGUUGGUUUUACAAAAUUCACGCAUGAUGCGUUUAUAAAUAACAUAAAAAUGUAAUACUUAGCAUGUUUGGUAUUCAAAAUUUUCUUCAACUAUAUUGUUGAAAAAAGCUGAGGCCGCGAAAUAUAAGUAAUACACAUACCUAUGAAGUUCUAAAUAUGCCCAUAUAAGUCAUUAAUCGUUAUAUACUGGGUGAGAAGGAAAGAUAAACAUAGGCACAUCAAUCCGUAAACUUGCUAAGCUUGCCAAAUCACCUAAAAAUAUAUCUGUUCUCAAAUAGUAGCGUGAGACAGAUCAGUCCAGAACAAGUCAUUAACGAUAAUGGACUUCUGGUGGUAUAGAAAGUUUCUUAUUUACGGACUGACAUUUCUUGGCUAUGCCUGGUCAGGUUAUGGAGCUGGAUUGCUUGUCAAUUUACGGGAUGCUGUACUUACGGCCGAAACCAUUUUUGGAGACUUAUUCCAAAAUGUGAUAACAGUUGCUAGAAAGGUUAAGGACAUUAAUGAAGUUUUCAAUGCUGCGGUUGAAGAAAAUUGCGUUUUUCAAUGUCCGUCAGGGGCUACACCAAAACAAAAUUGGAAUCAUAAACCGCAAAGUAAUGGAUGUGGAACUCUCGGGCUUGAGAUAAAUCAAGAAUAUUUGCCCCUCUCGGAAAUGACACAAUGCUGCGAUGCUCAUGACAUUUGCUACGAUACUUGCGGCUCUGAUAAAGAAAAGUGUGAUAUAGCAUUCAAAAGAUGCCUUUAUAAAUAUUGUGACAGCUAUGAAAAUACUGGUUCGGCUGUAGCAAAUACUUGCAAAGCUGCCGCGAAAAUGCUUUUUACUGGUACGAUUGCAUUGGGAUGUAAAAGUUAUUUAGAUUCCCAAAAUGAAGCUUGUUACUGUGGGGGUAAGUGGAACCAAAGCAAAAAGCCUAAAAAAGCUGCACAGACCGGUGGAGAACUAUAAGAGAAUAUAAAUUCUCUAAAUAUAAAUUCUCUGGUAAAUAAUAACAGAAUUUCUAUAUGGUCAUGUAAUAUGUACAUGAAAAAGCAGCUCUAGCCAAAAUUAUUAGGAUUUUUAUUGCAACCCCGUUGUGAUUAUAAUUAGUCCUAUACCUAGUUUUCCUUGUAAAGUUAUUUUUUUUCGUUUAAAACAACCUAUUUUUUGUACAAAUAAUUUUUAUUAAUGAAUCAUGUAAUAAAAAGUAUCUUGUGACAAAAGUGAGGUGUUUCCUUUUUAUGCAGGAAUGUGAAUACUAUACGUUAAUGAAUUGAUAACGGGUACACAGCUUGUGGUCUAUUCAGUCCGGUUUACCGCAUCCGUUCUAAUUUAAAAGUUCUCUGCAUCAAGGACUAUUUACUAUGGUGUAGGAUGUUGAUAUGUAAUCAUUGUUCAUAAAUCAAGAUGGAAUUGAAAACAUAAGUAACCUUAUUUGAAAUGAUUAAAACAAAAAAAAUAGAACAAGACACCUUGAAGAAAAUAAAAUUUCAGUAAUUCACA